AUGGAAUCCCUGAAGCACCAAGCAGCGCUUUCCGCCUACGCCGCUGCGCCAGCUUCCGCUUUUCUUCCCCAAGCCACUUCGCGUGCGCGUCCCCCCGCGCUUCUCCGAAUUCCCCGAGUCUCUCCGCGCCAUACAGCGCGGAUAAUUGCUUCUGGGAGUCAGAAAAAGCUGCUCGCGCAUUUUCCGCUGCUUUCCCUUUCCCCCACUCUUUCCCCACUCCGCGGCGUUUCUGCGCUGUCCUUCCCAUCCCCCGCGACUCACGCGCCGCUAAGCAGAGGCGCGCCCGGAAGGGGAGCAACUGCGCGUGCGCAAGCAGUAACCGACGGUGGGGAUUCGGUGGGAGAUGGCGCACCGGUGGAGCGAACGGCUGCGAUCGGGAGACUGGCAGCCGUGCGGCGGGACGCGAGCGGCGCGAGGAGGGGAGUUUGGAGGAGAGAAGAGGGGCAGGGGCGCGGGGGUGGCCCUGAGGUGCGGGGGAGGGAGGAUGAAGGAAGGCGGAAGACUGCGGAUGGUGGUACAGGCGCGGGGAUAAGAACGUUGGCAGCGGGUGCAGGGGGGGGAAGCGGGGAAAGGGGUGCAAGGGGGCCAGGCGGAACAGGGGCAGUAGGGGGGACAGGGGGAACAGGGGCAGCAGGGGGGACAGGCGGAACAGGGGCAGCAGGGGGGACAGGGGGAACAGGGGCAGCAGGGGGGACAGGCGGAACAGGGGCAGCAGGGGGGACAGGCGGAACAGGGGCAGCAGGGGGGACAGGGGGAACAGGGGCAGCAGGGGGGACAGGGGGAACAGGGGCAGCAGGGGGGACAGGCGGAACAGGGGCAGCAGGGGGGACAGGGGGAACAGGGGCAGCAGGGGGGACAGGCGGAACAGGGGCAGCAGCGGGGACAGGGGGAACAGACGCAGCAGGGGCAUGGGCGGAGGCAGGGACGAGCGAUGCCAGAAGCUUCCGAGAUGUUGCCGCCCACUUUCGACCCUCGAUGCUUUUCCCUCGCCAUUACCUCUGGCAGGUGCAAGCGGUGCUGCUCACUCACUCCCAACGGGUGCAAGCGGUGCUGCUCACUCUCUCUCUCUCAACCGCCUGGGAUGAAGCAAUUUUUGAGUCGACUAAGAAAAUCAACCCCCGGCACCUUCCCCUCUCUAUUGCCUCUGUCAGAAAUCAGCUCACUUGCAACUGGCUUAGGAGCGACCACAGGCACUUUCAUGCCGUGGUGAAGAGGCUAGGGGUGAUCGGCCAGGGCGAAGCAGCGUGGAAGCUUCUCCAGUGCCUAGAAAACGACACGUGGGAAGCUGAAGCAGCAGCGGGAGAAAGAGCAGCAGAAGGAGCGGCAGAGAGAGCAACAGCCGAUGCAGCAGCAAAGGAAAGACACAUCACAGCAUACAACGCAGUGCUAUUCGCCCUGUGUGAAGCCGGCAGGGUGCGAGAGGCAGAGGGGAUGGUGCAGGCACUGCUGAAAAGGGGGAGAGUGUGGGAGGGACGGGAAGGAGCAGGGGGACACACGACACCGGCUGGUGUGCUUGGUGAUAGUAAAGAGCAAGUAGAUCUCUCAGGAGGAGCAGAAGGAGGAGGGAGGGUUGUGAAAUUGGAUGUGAGACCAGAUGUGUUUUCAUUCACUGUGCUGCUGGGGGCGUAUGCGAGGGCAGGGGAUUGGAGGAUGGCGGAGGUGGCAUGGGGUGAUAUGGAGGCUUGUGGAGUGGAGGGAAGUGACGUGGCUGCAUGCAAGCUCAUAUCGGCCUACAAGAACGGAGGGCAGUGGAAGAAAGCUGUUGACUUUCUUGAAUCGUUCGACUGGCAGCUCGAUGGCAGCAACAGCGACAGCAGUAGUAGUAGCAGAAGUAGCAGCAGCAGCAGCAGCAGCAAGGCGGGGCUCAAUGGGGGGCCUGGAGCGAAGGGAGAGUGGUUAGAUGAUGAAGGAGACGAGGAUGAGGAUGGGAACGAGGGUGACGAGGUGGGGGGCUGUGGUGAUGACUCGGACAAAAGGCAGCCAGUCGUUGACCCCACCAUUCAGAAGAGGCGCAAGGGGAUUGAGGAGCGUGAAGGGCGCGAGGGGAUUGAGGAGCGUGAAGGGCGCGAGGGGAUUGAGGAGCGUGAAGGGCGCGAGGGGAUUGAGGAGCGUGAAGGGCGCGAGGUGCCGUCCAGUGGCAGUGCGUUGGAGUUUGCAAGUGUGACGGCGAUGAGAGCAGCAGCAGCAGGCAGGGCGCCGUGGGCUGUUGUGAAAGGGGUGUUCCGCUAUUUGCGGGAUAAGAUGGGCGCACACCGGGUGUCGCUAGUGUCUCCAACGAGUGUCUCCAACGAGUGUCUUCAACGAGUGUCUCCACGUGCCCCAGCUUGUGGUGCCUCCUCCUCCCCUCCCAUUGCUGCCACUAAUGUAAGGGCGUCCAACGAGUGCCACCGUUACUAUCUCCACGUGUGCCAGCUUGUGGUGCCUCCUCCUCCCCUCCCAUUGCCACUACUGCUAUUUGAGAGUCCUCAACAACCAAUAAAAACCGCCCCUCCUUCCCCACCCAAUGCCUGCAUGUACGGGCGUUCAACGAGUGUCUCCACGUGUGCCAGCUGGCGCUGCCGCCAUCUCACCUCCCAUCACUCCCUCAUCUUUCCGUGCCAUUGCCCCUACUGCCGCAAUGACCCCCCCUGUUGGUACCCGCAGCUCCGGGCAUUCAACGAGUAUCUCCACGUGUGCCAGCUGGCGCUGCCGCCCGCAGCCGCCCUCCCUGAGAUGAUUGCCGGGCUCAGGUGGAUGGCGCAGGCCGGCACUGUUCAUGAUGGUGGUGGUAGUAACGGUGGCGCUGUUCAUGGUGGUGCGCCGCACAUACUGCCGGACGCCGCCACCCUCAACACGCUGAUGCCGGCAAUGAGACGAGCCGACCGGGCGGCAGCAGGAUUACUGCUGUAUGAGUUGCUGGUGGGGGGAGGGGAGGACGGAAGGGAAGAUGGGAAGAUGUUGGUGAUAGUGGGGGAGGGGGGAGGAAAUGAAGAGGGUAGAGGGGAGAGGGAAGGGAGGAGGAGUGGUGGGUUGACUUGUUUGACUUUGUCAGACUGGGCUGAACUCGGGCUAACAGGCAGGAUGCAGUUGCUGGAGAGACAGCUUCGAGGGAUGGAAGAGAGGAAGGAGAUGAGGGAGAGGAGGGAGGAGAAGGAGAAUGGGGAGAAGAGGGAGAGGAGGGGAGCGAAGGAAGGAAAGCAGGCUCGCAUGGGGAGCGAGGAGGAGGGGGAGAGGGGAGUGAGGGAGCUGCUAGGCUUGCUGGAAGCAGCUCGAGGGGUGAAUCGUGAGUCAGUGCGAAAGGAUCGAACGAAUACGGCUCAAGGAGGUGCUUAUAACGGGGCUCUGCUGGAAGGCGUCGACUGGCAAAUGAAGGUGCUGGUGGAGCCGGACUGUGUGACUGUAACGGAAGUGAUUCUAGCAAAGGUGGCGCUAGGGAAUGAUGAAGAAGCGUUGGAGGUGUUUUGGGAGGCUGUGGGGGGGAGGGAGGGGCGGAUGGGUGGAGGAGGAGGGGGAAGGGGAAGCAGGAGCAAGAAGGGAGGCAGGGUUGAUUCACCCAAAGUUACUUCUCAGUCAACACAAUCGCAGUCAACUCAGUCAACUCGGUCAUUGCCUUCCCAGUCAAUUAAGUCAACGCCUUUCCAGUCCACUCAGUCAACCAGGAGGCCACUCAAAGCGGAUGCACACAUGUGCAGCGCUGCUCUGAGUGCGUGCAGGCGACGAGGGCUGUGGUGGGAGGCUGACAACGUGUGGGCUUUCAUGGAAAGAAGAGGCAUCCGCCCCACACCAGCGUGCCUGACAGGCCUGGUGGCAGUGAUGGCACGGGCGGGGAGGAGCGAGCGGGCAGAGCAAGUGACAGAGCGCGCAGUGGCAUCCGGAAUUGUGCUGCAGCAGCAGACAGCCAACGCUCUCCUGGACGCUCUGGCGUCCACAGGGGAUGUGCGCCGCACUGCUGCCCUCUUCUCCCGCCUCUUCCUACCUCCCUUCCCCUCCUCUCCCUCUCCUACUGCGCGAGGCAAGGGGCGGCUGAAGGCCGGCCUGCAGGCGGACACGUUCUCCUUCAACGCUCUGCUGAAAGCCCAUGCCAGACGACUACAGGCGGUGGGAUCGGGGCAAUCAGUGCAGAUGAUGCAGUCAGUGCAGUCUAUGGUGAUGCUGGGCGCACCCAGGGACAGAAGAGUGGAGAAUGGACCUGGAAACAGCAAGGGGGACAUUAAGGAUAGAAGCAGUGCCAACAGCAGUGAUGGCAGCAGCGAAACCGGCAGCAGGAGCAGCCGCAGCAGCAGCAGCAAUGGCAGGGCGAAGAAGGCAGGUUCUCCUGGGGGAGGUGUGGUGCUCACCCUCUAUCCCCUGCGCAGGCCCAGCCCCCGAACCUCCAGCCAAGGUUCGGAAACAGAGUCUGGUUCGAAAAUCAGCCCUCCCAUUCUGGACCCAAGUUCAGACACUGUCAGCAUGGCCAUGGGUUCGGGUUCAGGUUCGGAUUCAGGUCCAGACUUGGAGGCUGCUGCUGCAGGUUUGGAGGCCGCAGGUUCAGAGGCCGUCAUCUUAGGCUCGGAGGCUGCAGGUUCGGAGGCCGUUACAUUAGGCUCGGGGGCUGCAGGUUUGGAGGCCGUUCGAUCAGGAUCGAAGUUAGCAUCUAUGGAGGGAUACGGUUGGAAGAAGGGGGGAUUCAGCAAUAUGAAUUCAAGCCCCUUGAACGAACAGCAAGGAAGGGUGGUUUCGGGCAGUGCCACUGAGGGAAUGUGGAGUGGGAGUGAUAAGAACGGGUGGGCAGUGCAAGGCCCGGUGGAGGUGUUUGGAGCGAUGCAGAGGAUGCAAGUUCCUAUCGACGAAUUCACCAUCUCGCUAUACGCACCCUCACUAGAAGCACUGAGAGAUGCUGACGAGGCAUCAUCCCUCCUCAAUACAAUCACAUCUCACGGCUAUCACAGCAGCCGAUUCUUCCCCCUCUGGUGCUCCCACAUCGUGGGGGCGUGUGUGGGGCGCGGGGGAGAGGGGGAGGUGGGGAGGGAGGACGUGCGGAGGGGCAUGGAUGUGUAUGGGAGGAUGAGGAGGAUAGAGAGGGAGGAGGAUGGGGCGUUGGAGAAAGUAAUAUGGACUCUGCUGCGAGCUUGUGAGGAGGUGGGUCUGUGGCAAGAAGCGAAGCAUCUGCUAGAGGACUACCGGUCCCUCAGGCAGGCCCUGCAGGCCAAAACGUCUGCUACUUACCAAGGCCCCAUGGAGCUUCUAAUCUUUGACGACGGCCCGAGCACCGACCAAUCACGGGCCAUCCUUGAGGCAAAUCGCUCCGUGCUUGCCGCCCGUGGCAUCGCCUUGAAGAUCGUUGACAAGCAGACCGAUGCUGCCGCCCGGAAGGAACGGACGGGUGCCGCCGCCCUUGACAAGCGAACAGAUGCCACCACAGUUGAUAGCUGCCAUGAUGAUGAAGAAAGCACGGAGAACUGUCAACACACUGACAACAGGAGCUGUGGGGGUGAUGCUGGUUGUGGGGGCAGUGGUCAUAAUGGGAGCGAUGAUUAUGAUGGAAGUGGUGGUUACAAUGGGGUUGGUGGCUCGUCAAAUAGAAUCUCUGAAGCCAGUGGUAUUCCUGACAGCAGAAGCACCGCAGACGGUUCCAGUGAGGGGGGGCAACAAAGGACCCGGCCAAGGGGGUGUGGGUUUGGGCGCAACCGAGCCAUCGAGCACAGCCGGGGGGAGUUCUUGUGCUUUGCCGAUGGGGUGGGUUCUAAUUUCGUUCGCCUGCCAGUCUAUGCCACGCCAAGACUCACAGCAUGGGUCAACUCCCUCUCCCACCCACAGCUGUACCUGAAGCAGCAGCAGAAGCAGGUGGGUUCCAAUUUUGUUCGUCUGCCAGCGGAUGCCACGCCGAGACUAACAGCGUGGGUUAACUCCCUUUCCCAGACGCAGCUGUACCUGCAGCAGCUGGUGGAAACCACCCUCAUCGCCCCCACCUGGUUCUGCUCCCGGCACGUAUUCAAUGCUUCAGGUCCCUUUGAUGAGAGCGGGCCGGGCACGCCAGACGACCUCAUGUUCUUCCACCAGCACUUGGGCACCGGGGGCUGGCUAGGCAAGGUGAGAACGAGGGGAGGGUGGUUGGGAAACGAGACACCAGGAAUCCUCCAUGUGCCUUGGGGAUUCCAGCAGGUCCCUUCCAUGAGAUUGAGCACACCAGACGAUCUCAUGUUCAUCCACCAGCACUUGGUCAACGGGGGCUGGCUGGGCAAGGUGAGCGUGAAUGGGGGUGAGGUGGGAUGUGACGCACCUAGGCAGGUCUUCUAUGAGUCUUGCACGCACGGUCUAACAGGUCCCUUUGAUGAGAGCGGGCCUGGCACGCCAGACGACCUCGUGUUCUUCCACCAGCACUUGGGCAACGGGAGCUGGCUGGGCAAGGUGGGCGCGGCCGUUCGUCUUGCAUGUGAAGAAACGUUGCCCUGGGUUCUCUGA